UCUAUAAAUAAAAAACGAACCUCAAUAAUUCACUUACGUUUUUUCGCUUUUUCAUUGAUUACUGGGUCUUGCAAAGUUUUGAUUUUUAAACUUCGUAUUGGUCGCCUUGUUUCUGGGUUUCUUUCUAUUGGAUUGUACCCAAAUCUUUGGUUUUUUGGUCUUUGGUGCUUGUUGGUUUUCUGAAUUUCACUGUUUGGGGAAGUGGUUUGAAUUGCUCUUCUUCUGUCAACCUGAAAAGCUAGUGUUGAUAAUAUCAUCUGUCAGCUACUGAAGAAUUGGUUGCAAUAUUUUUUGUUUCUGGGUAUUCAAUUUUUUUUUUUUUUUUUUUUUUUUAAAGAUUUUCUUGGGGGGCAAAGCCCAAGUCGCAAUCUGUUUGAUACAUCUUGUAAUUACUUUGAUACCAUUUCCAAAAGAUUCACAUCUUUUAUUGAUAAAAUUGGAUCUUUUUUCUGUAAAGCCGUCGCUUUGAUCUUGUACCUAUUACCAAGUUUUCUCUUUUUGACAGUUAUUCAUUGAAUUAAAUACUAGUUGCUGGUUUGAGUUACUUUAUAGAUUUUCCAUAAAACCCAAAACAUUUUCUUUGGAGAAUUAUUGAGGUAAAAAGAUGACCAUUGGAAAUCUUGCACCCAAGAAGGAGAGGAAAUCUCGAAGGAACAAAGCAGUUGUUGACGAGAAUGCUCCCUUGUUGCCUAAAAGGCAAGAUGAAGAUGCUGGAUUUGAUGAAUUUAAUGGGGCUUCCUUUACUGGGGCAGUGUUCAAUUUAUCCACCACCAUUGUUGGUGCAGGGAUCAUGGCUUUGCCAGCCACCAUGAAAGUUCUGGGUCUUGUUCUUGGGGUUAUCAUGAUCAUUUUUAUGGCUUUCUUGACAGAGGCUUCGAUUGAAUUGUUGCUUAGAUUCAGCAGGGCAGGGAAAACCCUUUCUUAUGGAAGCCUCAUGGGGGAUGCCUUUGGUAAAUAUGGAAAAAUGUUGUUGCAAGUAUGUGUUCUAGUCAACAACCUUGGUGUGCUCGUUGUGUACAUGAUUAUUAUUGGUGAUGUGCUUUCUGGAACAUCUUCUAGUGGGAUUCACCACUCGGGUGUCCUUGAAGGAUGGUUUGGAGAACACUGGUGGAAUGGACGUUUUUUCGUUCUUGUUGUCACAACCCUUGGAAUAUUUGCUCCAUUGGCGGCCUUUAAGCGAAUUGAUUCAUUGAGCUACACGUCGGCCUUAUCAGUUGCACUGGCAGUUGUAUUUCUUGUUAUUACCAUUGGAAUUUCAAUUAUCAAGUUGAUAAGUGGCGGUGUUGCGAUGCCUAGAUUGUUGCCUAAUGUUACCAGUUUGUCGUCAUUUUUCAGCCUCUUCACAGUAGUCCCUGUUCUGGUCACUGCAUACAUCUGCCAUUAUAAUGUUCACAGUAUAGACAAUGAACUCGAAGACUCCACACAGAUAAAACCAGUUGUGCAAACCUCACUUGCUUUGUGCUCAUCGGUAUACAUAAUGACGAGCAUUUUUGGGUUCCUUCUAUUUGGUGAUGGAACUCUAGAUGACGUACUAGCCAACUUUGACACCAAUCUUGGAAUCCCAUACAGUAACAUUCUCAAUGAUGCUGUUCGUGUUAGCUAUGCUGCCCAUCUCAUGCUUGUGUUUCCAGUUGUCUUCUUCCCAUUGCGGCUCAACUUGGAUGGUCUUUUAUUCCCUUCUUCAAGAGCUUUGGUUCUGGACAACAAGAGAUUUGCAUUGAUUACUAUUGGGCUCAUUUCUAUAAUCUUCUUGGGAGCAAACUUCAUACCCAGCAUCUGGGAUGCUUUCCAAUUCACUGGAGCCACAGCAGCAGUCUGCCUUGGGUUCAUUUUCCCAGCUGCAAUUACUCUUAGGGAUCGUCACAACAUAGCAACAACGAAGGACAGGAUAUUGUGCAUCUUUAUGAUUGUCCUUGCUGUUUUCUCAAAUGCGGUGGCCAUCUAUAGCGAUGCCUAUGCCUUGUUCAAGAAAAAUGCUGCACCACUCGCUUGAGUGAACUCUCAAGGUCCUUGCCAUGUACAGAAAAGAUGCUCAGAGGUGUGGUCAUGCUUUCAAAUGAAGACACCGUUUAGCAGAAUGGCAAUGAGUGGAUUAGAAAAUCUGUGUUUGCUAAGAGGGUUGAAUGAGUAGAAUAAAAAAAAGUAUGCUUCACGAUGUAAAAAAGUCACUUUUCAAAAGUGCAAGGAGCUGCCUUUGAACUGUAAUUUCUUUGCUCUCCUCUAUGUGUGUGUUACUGUAUUGCUCUGUACUUUUAUGGUAGAAUUUCAUGGGAGGCAUUGGCAAUCUCCUUAGUUUAUAUUUCCUGGUGUCUGUUGCUAUCCCUUUUUGAUCAUGCAAUAGGUGUUAGCUGUAGUUUAUGUGUGUCAAACAAAUAAUGCAGCCUAUCUUUUUCUUA